AUGGUACUAGAGGGCGUUUUUCACGACACCCCAAGCGGUUUGGCUGGAUCCCACGAGCCUUCGGGAACAGUCGUAGCUGCCGGGUCCGACGCGUCAAAAGACUUUUCCAUCGGCGACCGAAUUAUCGCGAUUGGAGUCCAGGGUCCCUGUGGAGACUGCAUCGAUUGUAACGGACCAGAGGAGUUCUGGCUCACCUGCAAGUUUACCAAGGGAUACUCGGGCAUCAUACUUCCUGGAGCCUUCCAAGAAUACACAAUCCUUGAUUCUAGAUUCGCCGUCAAGAUCCCUGAUAGUUUGAGCUUUUUGGCUGCAGCGCCUCUGACCUGUGCGGGCUGUACAAGCUGGCGCGCUAUCAAGAGAGCCAACGUUCAGCCAGGAGGAUGGCUGGGCAUCGUAGGCAGCGGCGGAGGUCUUGGGCACUUGGCUGUGCAAAUCGCCACCCUCCAAGGCAUCAAUGUUAUUGGAAUCGAUGCUCGGGAUGGUGCUCUGGAGUUGACGGCUAAGAGUGGCGCAAGGGCACUGGAUGCCCGGGUUGGGAUGGAUGCUUUGGUUGAGAACGUCCGCAAGGAAAUUGGACCAAGAGGUCUUGGAAAAGGCGACGACUUUUGCGACUCAACCAUCAUACUGAGCGAUGCCAAGUCAGCUAUUGCUACGGGCAUGGCGGUGACAAAGGGUCAUGGACUGCUGGUACAGGUUGCACAGCCUGAGAGGAUCGACUUUCCGUUCCAAGACAUGAUUUUCAAGGAUAUCAGGUUGAUGGGGUCUAAUCUGUCGAGUAGGGGGGAGCUUGAAGACCUGGUACAGUUUGUUACGGAGCACAAAGUACAAGUUGAAAUGCAGGUUUUUCGUGGCUUGGAUAGUUUGGGGGAAGUUUACCGAAUCGCCAAAUCGGGAUCGACGGCGGGCAAGAUUGUCGUCGUUGUUGAUGAGGCGCAGGUUUGA